UCAUCAGUUUGUCAAAUUGUUUCGGCGUAAAUAUUAUAGCAAGAAAAAAUUCUUACAUCUUUUAAUUACAGUACUUGAAAUCUAAAAAAAAAUAUGAGUUCUACUACGGAAUUCGUUCAAAUAAAGGAUUUGAAACCUGGCAUGAAAAAUAUAAACGCUGUAUUUAUAGUAUUGGAAGUGGGUCCUCCUACUUUAACAAAGGAGGCGCGUGAAGUGCGCACCUUGCGAGUUGCGGAUGCUUCUGCUAUGGUCAACUUUUCAGUAUGGGACGAACCCGGAGCACUGUUGCAGCCUGGAGAUAUCGUUCGCCUCACGAGAGGCUAUGCGUCACUGUGGCGGUCCGCUCUUACUCUUUAUUCUGGAAAAUCUGGAGACAUACAAAAAGUAGGCGAGUUCUGCAUGAUUUUCAACGAACAAGUGAACAUGAGCGAACCUCAGCCGGCUGCUCCUGUGGGCGCCUCCACCGCACAGCCUGCCAACGAGCGCAACGGCAACGGGAACGGAACGCACUCGGGGCCUCGCUCACUUAUGCCAAACGCAGCGGCAAGUGGUCAGGGCGCUCAGCACAACAACCAGAAGCAAGAUAGAUAUUCGGGAGCUCCACAAGAACAUCCUGGUAAACACCCACACAAGACAUAUGUAAGGGGCAGAGGGCAUCAGCGAGGCAACAGUCGGAGAUAGCGAUCACAUUGAACAUUGUUGUUGUCAAUAUGUCCAACCUCUCUCACUUUUGUUUCGUUGUUAAGUUUAUAUGAAUUGACAUUUCAAUCUAUUAAAAUUAAUUACUAUCUGCAUUUAAUUCUUUCAAUCACCCAUUGCUUCCUUAAACCAUGCAGUACCAUGUAAUGAUCAACUUCCCCAGUCACAAGGAUUCAUGACAUAUGGUGACAGUGUGUUGUAUGAAAUUCCAUAUUAAGUGGGAAUCUAAUAUAAUUCUUUGACUGUAUUUUAUGUAAGUUUAUGCUUUCAUUUUGGUCUGGUUAAUAAGAAUAUGUGUUGGGUGAAAUUCGGACUGACAAACAUUGUAAAAUGUACCACAUUAUUUUUUCAAACACUAUGUGUUUUCUAUCUUGGACCUUA